AUGAAUUUCCCAGAAGAUGCACUUACUGAGAUCUUGUCAAGGCUGCAUGUAAAAGCUCUGUCGAGAUUCAAAUGUGUCUGCAAAUCAUGGGAAAAUCUUAUCAAACAGCCUCAUUUUAUCUCCAGGCACCUGGCUAAUUGGACAAACUCAUCAACCAACAAAGACAAUGUCCAUCUCCUCAUCAGCAAACGCGAUGAUGAAACAAAUAAACGAGUCAUUUCAUUGUCUGCAGACGAUGCACUUGACACGUUUGUUGAUCAAAACUCACCUCCAUUUAUAAAUGAAACAUUUGGUCACAUUCGCCUCUUAGGCCCCUGCAACGGACUUGUCUGCCUGUAUGGCUAUCCUGAUAGUAUCGCGUUAUGGAACCCUGCCAUCAGGGAAUUUAAAAAACUCCCCAAAUCAUCUAUACCGCGUCCUCUAGGGAAAUUUGUGCUCGGAGGUGAUGUUGGUUUCGGAUAUGAUUCAAAAACAAAUGAUUAUAAGGAUAAUGAAACAGAGUUGAUUCUUUCAUUUAACAUGAAUAAUGAAGAGUUUAAAAAGAAGGCAUUGCCAAUAGAUAUCAGAGAUCUCGAAGGGGAGGAUAGAGUAACAAGGGCUAUUCUUCCGUUUGGCGAAUCAAUUGCACUUCUAGUCUAUGGAAUCAAACAAGUUGAGAAGGUUUUUGAUAUUUGGGUGAUUAAGAGUCUAGAUGAUGAUGAAUGCUGGACAAGAUUAUCAAGUAUUGGACCGGUUUCCAGGGUGGAGAGGCCUUUGGGGUUCUGGAAAAAUGGAGAACUUAUAUUGGAAAAUAGUUGCAGGGAGCUGGUUUUGUAUGAUGAUGGUGAUGGUAAGGUUAGAUAUCUUGGAGUUCAUGGCAAGAGGGACAGACUAGAAGUUCUUGUUUACAAGGAGAGCCUGGUCUCUGUUAAUUAA